CGUAAAGUCGGUUCAAAGUUUCUAGUGGCAAUAGUGAACAGAAUGGUGAUUGGAAACGCGAUUCGUCCGGUGUUGGGAGAGUUGAGCGAUUUUACGCUUAUGUACGAGAGAGAAAACAUGGGUGUUUUUGCGCUUUUUCUAUCGCGCCAAAACCCGGCUCAAGAUAUAUCAAGACGUCAUUCUUUCGCGUACUUUUUCUUCCGAUAUAUAUAACCGAAGAAUUUAUGCAGCUCGAGAGUCAGAAGCCGAUCAGUCGGUGCAGAAAAAGUGAAUAAAAUAUUGCCGGGAUAAAUCAUCGCUGGCUCUUUUCUAGCAUUGGGUUAUAGGUGGUCGUGAACACCGUGUAGGUAUGUGUAAGGUGCAAGGGCGACGCGCUUGCGUGUCAUUGUUCCUGCGGACCGCGAGUGAGCUUCUCUGAACUAAAGCUCGCGUCCCGAGGGGUAUCCAGUUUCACCAAAACCACGCUUCGCUUCUCGGACUUUGUGAAUGAACGGCGAGACGCGCGGGUCUAGAAAGUGUAGAGCUUGCAAGAGGGGAAGAUCGUUGCGCGUGUGCUUUUAUUAAAUUAUUACAUAGGUAAUCACUUUUUACACGUUUUCGUUUCGCUUCGAAAUCCCAAUUCCGACGAGUCUCUUCGUAUUGUCAACAGUGCGCGGACUUUUUUUAACCCGUAAAAUUCACGGUGUUGAUAAAUGAUCGCGUAAUUUGCAAAAACUAACUUAUAAAUUAAUGGCUAAACCGAUGUGUGAAACUUUCUGUGCGAGAUGAUGAAGAUCUCGUGGUGAAUUAUACGGAGCUUGGGAUUCUCGUCUACUGUGCGCAGGAGUGCAGAGGUUCAUCGGAAUGUGGAAAGACACUUCAACAGUCCCUCAGUGAAUCACGUCAAGGCCGAUGAUGGCUCCUCCAUGCUUCCAGACACGAGACAUUCCUUUCCCGACGAGUGUCCUGAGGGACGAAAGCGCGGCCUUCAAACCGGAAGAACCUCCGGUGGAAGAUCAUCAGGCCUUUUAUUCCUGAACGGGAAAAUGCCCGUAAAGCCGACUGGACGGGGUUCGACAACCUCGUCCAAAGAAGGUGCAACGGGGACGCCGGUUCCCUCUGGGUACCGGAGCACGUGGGGGGCGCGCCGGGACCCCCUCUACAUCGUGAUCCCGGUGACGGUUAUAUACGCGGUGAUAUUCCUGACCGGCGUCGUCGGUAACGUCAGCACCUGCGUGGUUAUAGCGCGAAACAAGUCCAUGCACACGGCCACCAACUACUACCUCUUCAGCUUGGCGGUCUCCGACUUGCUUCUCCUGGUCUCCGGACUUCCGCCCGAGAUGUACUACAUCUGGUCCCACUUCCCGUACGUCUUCGGCGAGGUGUUCUGCGUGAUCCAAGGAUUUGCCGCCGAGACUUCGGCCAACGCCACUGUGCUUACGAUAACAGCGUUCACCGUCGAACGCUACGUGGCCAUUUGCCACCCUUUCCUCUCGCACACGAUGUCCAAGCUGACAAGGGCGAUAAAGUUCGUCGUUGCGAUUUGGCUGGUCGCUCUCUGCCUCGCCGUUCCGCAGGCCAUGUCCGUUGGCAUCGUUUACGAGACCUUCGACGACGGUAGGAUUCCGUACGAGGAUCACUACGUUUGCGUUGUUAAGCGGGUCGUCAUUCCUCACGCCUUCGAGAUUUCCACAUUCGUAUUCUUCGUCGCUCCUAUGACUCUUAUCACCGUUUUGUACGUACUUAUUGGACUCCAGCUUCGACGCUCCAGCGUAAUAGCGAGAGGCGGCGCAGCCGGAAGCAGCGUUUCCCUCAAGGCCAGGGGCAUGUUUAAACGAAAGGAACGACCGGCCACAGAAGUCGUCGCCGUUAUGCUGCCAGAGACUUGUCAGGGACAGGGAAACGACGCGAGCCUCAACGACGAUGGAAGGAAAAAUUACUCCAAGAAUGUUCAGAACAAGGCGACGAGGCACGUCGUCAAAAUGCUCGUCGCUGUUGUCGUGGCGUUCUUUAUCUGCUGGGCUCCCUUCCACGCUCAGCGAUUGCUCGCCGUUUACGGCACCAACCACGCCCCCCACAUGGUCGCGGUCUUCAACGUCCUCACCUACGUUUCCGGGGUCCUCUACUACCUUUCGACGACCAUCAACCCCCUGCUUUACCACAUCAUGUCCAACAAGUUCCGCGAGGCCUUCAAGGACACGCUCGCCCGAUGCUGCGGCCGAGGUCGACUUGCGCGGCGGAGAACGGGGGGCGGCGUCGGGGGCGCCACGGGAGGCGUAGGUAGGUGCUACUCAAUCCUGUCGGGGCGAUUCUCACAGAACAACAGCACGAGCAACGGAAGUGGGAACGAGGGUGGCUGCUGCGUCCUGGAGGACGACGGAGGCCUGAGUGGUCCCCGGUUCCCGCAGGACUGCACGGAGGUGACGAGCUUGCGAGAGUUUCGCCGACCCUUGGUGGUGUCCUUCCGUCGGCGUCACGCCGCGACCGCGGCGAAACCGGAAGCUCCGAAACUGGAGAACGAGCUGCGGGAAGCGUUGGCCGACCUGGCCGAUGACGCGGGAAAAAGCGCCCGGUCGCGGAGGUCUCACCUCGAAACUACGACGCGGAUUUCCACCGCCUCAUCCUCGGCAAUCGGGAAUAACGGUAUGCAUUUACGUCUGAUUUCCAGAGGGUCGACUGCCGUAGAAAAAGACGACGAGGUCCUCGAGGCCUGCAGGAAGACGGUUGUUCUCUUGGAAUCGUACCGGACGCCCGAGGAAACUGGCAAAAACGAGGGUGACGACGACGAGGACGACGUCGAUGCUGACGGAAAGGUCUCCGCUUGUGAUCGAGACGAGGAGCGAUGUCCGACGACGAUAACUUCCGGAACUUUGGUCGGUCGGGGGGUCGGUUGUGCGGAUAACUUUGCCAAGGUUGAGGACAUAGAGAUAUUCCACGAGCACAGAUUCGUCAUGCGGGAUCUCAAGAGGAAUAAUUCGGCCAGAGUAUCUGAUCCCUCAGGUUUUUCCCACGGUCAAACCGUCUGUCAGACGAGCUUUGGUUCAGAACGCUUUUUAGGACUCUCUACCGCAGGCCUCGAGGGCUGAUUAUUAAUAGGUGUAAUACCGAGGGUCACUGUCUGCUUGGAAUUAUUAUUACGGUAGGUCUUCCUCUUGUUUUUUUGUGACAUUCGUGUUGGUGGGUACAAUUUUCGAAAGCGAAGGAGCGAUCGGUUUAACGGAUUGAUCGACGGAGGACGAGGACCUUUUUGGAGAUUGAAAAAGUUUUUCGAGGUAUGAACACGAUCUGUUAACUGAAAAUCUGCCACUCGUGCGUAGAUACAUGUAAAAAUCACACUGGAGAAGAAAAAAUCUCGACUUUUAGAUCUUGAGGAUUGUGCAUUCCGAAUGUAAUGGCAUUCGUAUUUCGAAAAUUAAGAAAACCAUCGUUAAGCCAAGCAAAUAGUUUAAUGAUCCUUGGAUUAUGUAGAAAGUAUAUUUCUGACCGUGUAGGUACAAAACCAGAGUUGCCAGAAUGGCGAGAUUUAAUUACGUAAUAGGCAUAAAAUGAAGACGAAAUAAAUAAAUAGACAGAUAUAAAUAUAUAUAUAUAUAUAACAUAAACAGGUAUAUAAAGGCAAGCUCGAGGAAUAAUAAAUGGUGCGUACCUACGUAUGUAGAUAUGCUUGGCACGCACAAUUUACCUUUGAGAAAAGGCUCUCUUCCUGUUCUCUGACUUACAUUUAUAUACCUGCGUACAAAUAACGUUGCGUAGUAGAUAUAAAAUUCCCAUCUGAUUUAAGACUUCUCGUCUUUGGUCGGAACCCGCAAGAGCUUGUUUCAUUUUUUAUUUAUUUAUUUUUUUAUUUUUCGUUUCGACUUUUUCUAAAGCAUAUACGUACGAAGCAUUCGUCAGCAGCGUAGGUUGAAUUUUUUUCGCUACUGUUGUUGUACUUGAGGUGAGAUCCGGUAGCCGCGUGUUUUACGAUUAUUGCUGGAAGUUCGAGGUGUACAAAAGACAAAAAGCUGCUUCAACCCUACAUCGCCAAUUUUACUUGGCGUGUUAUACCUAUGCAUGUGUUUUUUAAUCAGCUUUACAUCGACGUGUGUAAUUCGAGGAACGCUGCGAGUUUAUCUCGAUAGAAUUUAGUUUAGAGGGAAAACACUCUUAUCUGAGUGAAACCUCUAAUUCUGAGAAUACGCGAACAAGGGGAUUACUUAAGAUAUAAACAAAUUUAUAUACAUAUUAUAUGUAAUAACGUUACGUUCACAAUAUUAUAAUACCGUGUUUUUGUAAAUGUAAAUAUAUAUAGUACAUAUAUGUAUAUACAUAUGUGUGUACUAUAUUAUAUUUUUGUCGCUUAUGAAUAAAAUUUAUGCAUACUCAAAUUAAACAAUGUACGCGGGCAUGUUUGAGGUGGGCAUGUUAAUUAUUAAUCUGAACAGUCCUUAGUACGGAUCAUAAGAAAUGAUGAGAAAACGAAACUGUACUCAUUAACCCGCCGUAAGGGCAGGUAAAAUUUGCGAUUCAAUUUCUAGCAACGAGAUUAGGUUCGUCGGGGAUGGUAAAACAGGUAAUGAAAGAACAGUCUUGCAGAUUUAUUCAGACAGUAUAUAUCUGAUAUAUUAAACUCGUUGAAUUUUGGUCGCUUCUCAAUUGGGAAACUGUCAGAAUUACCAAAAUUCAAAAAGUUACUGUAAUACAUACAUACGCUUUACAUUUAACACAUGACUGUCACAAAUCCGUUAUACAUAUAGGAUAUAGUAAAAUUCAUGGAACACAUAAAAUUAAACAUACAGCAAGAGCGAAAAACUUAUAACAACAUUCCCUGUUAAAAAUUGACGCGUAAACACAUAAUUGUAGUAACAUAAUAUCACAGAAUUUCUCAAUCAUUUUAUACCUGCAUGUAAGAAUUGAAUUAGUUUUUUUUAUUUUUCAAUAUUUGCAAAUUGUCUUUUCGUCAUACAUAUUCAUGCAAUAGCUAUCCGGUGAUUAUUUAUCACUUCGGUAAUUCUACUUAUGCGCUCAUUACUCUCACCCUUACACAAACAAAAAUUUUUGCAAUUUCACAACACAGUAAUUGCGCCUAUUCCUAAUUUUAUAUCUCAAAUCGUUGUCCGUCUGAUUGACUUCGUUUUUUUAAAUAUUCGUAUACUCCAAUUCAAUUCUUUUCACUUAAAGAAUAUUUGAAUUUAUUAUUUUUUUUUUUUUGUCUACUUUGCUUUUUCACAGAAAAUUUCCAACAAAUUAACAUUACAAUAAAGCCAUUCAACUGCCGAUUACUUUCAACAAUAAACAUUAAACGUACAAUGAUCGAUCGAUUUUCCAACACAUCGUAUGUAAUUGGUCAAUUUUUUUUCCCCCACGGUAUAAUUACAACUCUAACUAAUAAUCGCGCAUACCGCGAUCGAUCACACGAGUCGUUGAUGAGUAGAUUAAAUUUAUUUACAUUAGCGUCAUAAAGUGUCAUUGCGUAUAUACAUGCAAAAAUUUCCCCUAUAAUACUACGUUCAUAAUUCGUUUUGUCAGUUUGAGCUUGAACGUUAUUUUAAUCGUCCUAUACGCGAGACAUUGGAAA